UCCAGGCGGGCGCCGUGUCCUCCCGUGGCAUGAGCGCCAGCGCGUGGAGCGUCGACGAGAGAGCCCGCCUCAUUCCGGGGAGCGUCUCCGACUGCGUCAUUAUCCUCGAGGACACCACUCACAACACAUGGUAUGGUAUCAUCACGUCGUCGGGGCGCAUCGGCGAGCGGCUGAGCGCCUCUGGCACGCGCCUCAACUCGUCCAGCCCUGUGCCUUACGGCGGCGGCGGCGGCGGCGGCGGCGGAGGCAACAAGAGCAGCACGGAGAGCGUGCGCGGCCUCAAGUCCGUCUCGCGGCAGAGCCUGCUCGACAUCGUCAGCUGCCGCUUCGGCGUCGGCCGCACCGCCCGACAGCAACAUCAUCAAGAGGUAAAAGAACAUACCCACCGGUCGUACUUCUCGUCGUCGCGGGACUCGCUGUCGGCGGCGUACGUGAACCGCGCGGCGGCGGUGUCGACGGCGGCCAGCGAGCUGGACCUGUCGCGGAAGGCGCGCCGGCGCGAGCUCCGCGGCCGCCUCAAGCUGCCGCCCGCCACCGCCGCCUUCGCCAAGUCCGCCGCCGGCUGCGGCGCAGACGCGCCUUCCCUGCUCGGCCGCUGGGGCGAGCGCGCCUCGGGCAGCAUGGGCCCCGGAGGCAAAGGUCCCGAUUCAUCCAAUGUGCGGGGCGGCGCUUGCGGCGGCAACGGCAGCGUCAGCCCAGCCAGUGCCGAGCGCCUGCAGCAGCGCCACCUGGGCUACUACCCGCGGCUGCGCGCCGGCGCGCCCAACUGGUCGUUCGUCUUCGACCCCGCGGGCCGCCUCUGCUACUACUGGUCCAUGGUCGUCUCGCUCGCCUUCCUCUACAACUUCUGGGUCAUCAUCUACCGGUUCGCCUUCCAGGAGAUCAACGGCGAGACGAUCGUGGUGUGGUUCUGCCUCGACUACCUGGCAGACUUCCUGUACCUGGCCGACAUCGUGUUCCACUUCCGAACGGGUUACCUCGAGGACGGCGUGCUGCAGACGGACUCGACCAAGCUGCGCCACCACUACAUGAACUCCACCACGUUCUACAUCGACUGCCUGUGCCUGCUGCCGCUCGACUUCCUGUACCUUUCGAUCGGCUUCAACUCCAUCCUGCGGUCGUUCCGCCUCGUCAAGAUCUACCGCUUCUGGGCCUUCAUGGACCGCACCGAGCGGCACACCAACUACCCGAACCUGUUCCGGUCCACCAGUCUCAUCCACUACCUGCUGGUGAUCUUCCACUGGAACGGCUGCCUGUACCACAUCAUCCAGAAGAACAACGGCUUCGGCAGCAAGAACUGGGUGUACAACGACAGCGAGAGCGCCGACGUGGUGAAGCAGUAUCUGCAGAGCUACUACUGGUGCACACUGGCGCUGACCACCAUCGGCGACCUGCCGAGGCCUCGCAGCACCGGCGAGUACGUCUUCGUGAUCGCGCAGCUGCUGUUCGGCCUGCUGCUGUUCGCCACCGUACUCGGACACGUCGCCAACAUCGUCACCAGCGUCAGCUCCGCGCGCAAGGAGUUCCAGGCGAAACUGGACGGGGUGAAGACGUACAUGCGCAUGCGGCGGGUGCCCAGCCACCUGCAGGUGAAGGUGAUCAAGUGGUUCGACUAUCUGUGGCUGACGCAGAAGUGCUCCGACGAGGAGAAGGCGGUCAGCUGCCUGCCAGACAAGCUGAAGGCGGAGAUCGCCAUCAACGUGCACCUGGACACGCUGAAGCGCGUCGAGAUCUUCCAGAACACGGAGGCGGGCUUCCUGUGUGAGCUUGUGCUGCGACUGCGCCCCGUGCUCUUCUCGCCCGGCGACUACAUCUGCCGCAAAGGGGAGGUCGGUAAGGAGAUGUACAUCGUGAACAGGGGCCGGCUGCAGGUGGUGGCGGACAAUGGCAAGACGGUGCUGGCCACGCUCAAGGCGGGCUCCUACUUCGGCGAGAUCAGCAUCCUCAACAUGGGCACAGCAGGCAACCGCCGGACGGCGUCGGUCCGGUCGGUGGGCUACAGCGACCUGUUCGUGCUGAGCAAGAAGGACAUGUGGGACGUGCUCAAGGAGUACCCGGCGGCGAGGGUGCGGCUCGAGGCCAUCGCGGUGAAGCGGCUGGAGAAGUACAAGCGGGCGCCCCUCGAGAAGGCGGCGAUGGGGCGCAGCCAGUCGACGCCGGGCCUGGUGGAGUCUCGCGGCCGCAUCCCGCUGGAGGACAUGUGGGUGUCGCCGCUGGAGCCGCUGCUCACCGGAGGCUCGUCCUCGGGGCCGCCGCCCUACUCCGCCAACUCGCUCUUCAGCCCCGCGCUCAGCCCCACCUCCCGCCUACCUUGCGGCAGGUCGCUGGCGUCGCACCUGCGGCCGGCCGAGUCUCCGCUGUCGGCCACGUCGAGCGUCCACUCGUCCGACGACGAGCGGCGGGCGCCGGGGGCGGCGUGUCCCGGCGCCUCGGCCGCCCCCGCCUCCAGAACAGACGACGGCGGCAUGAUGUCACACGAGGCCUUAAUCGCGGAGAUCAAGCGUCUGCGCGAGCGGCUCAUGGUGCUCGAGACGGAGAACGCGUCGAUGAGCAUCAAGCUGAGCCAGCAGCAGUGGGAGGUGGAGCACCGCCUCGCCGAGAUCGAGAUGCAGAUCUGCGGCGCGUCCAGCGGCGGCUCCAGCACCGAGGACAACGAGCGCAACCGCGAGUCCAUCAUUUAACAGGAGCGCCGGC